UGUGGCUUCCUGUCCUCGGUGACACACAUUGACCUCCCCUGUUUUCUCCACGUUCAGGUGAUGGCGCCCACACGGAUGAAGCUGCGUGUGCGGCGGCGUGAUAAUGUGACAGGAGGUGCAGGUGCGGCAGGAGGAGGUCAGCCAGCAGAAGAAGAGGAGAGAAGCCGAGAGGGCGGCGGCGGCGGCGGCGGUCGCAGCAGCAGGAGGAAAAACUCCAACAACACAGUGACGGCAGCUGCUGCCACCUCCUCCUCAUCUCCUCCUCCCUCCUCGUCUCCUCCUCCCUCCUCCUCCUCCUCUACCGCUGCACGGGCCGUGAUGGCGGCAGAGGAGGCGUCACCUGACUCCAAGUGCCCGAUCUGCCUCGACCGCUUCAACAACCUGGCGUACCUGGACCGCUGCCUGCACCGCUUCUGCUUCCCGUGCAUCCAGGAGUGGUCGCACAACAAGGCCGAGUGUCCGCUCUGCAAGCAGCCGUUCGCCUCCAUCCUGCACUCGGUCCGCGCCGAGGACGACUUCAAGGAGUACACGCUGCGGCCGGCGCCCGCCAACAGCAACGUGGCUGCCACGGUCGCGAUGGUGGCGGCGAUGGCUUCGGCGGCAAGGAGCGACCACCAGAUGAGGCUGAUGCUGAGGAGGCACAGAGGGGUGGACGGAGUCGAGACGAGCACGAGGAGGCAGAGGAGGGAGAGAGGAGGCAGAGGAAGGGAAGGCGGCAGAGCGGGGGAGAGGACGGGGGUGUGGGAGUGGUACCUCGACUCUCCUCCUCUGGCGCUCCCUCCUCUUCCUCACCAGCCCGCCGUCGCAGAGGACAGCGAGGACGGGGAAGACCUGGAGGAGCAGAGGGUGAGGGGCGGGGCUGAUCUGGUGGAGCGUGGGGUCAUAUUUGAAGGACUGACGGGACUCGGGGGGGCAGGGGCACCUAUGGCGGCCAACGACCGGGCUUCGCGACGGCUGAUGACUCGUUUGGCGGCGAGGCAGCGUCUGCAGCGAGAAGGUGGAACUGUGCGGCGGCUGAGGGAGAGAGAGACUGUGGUCUUCCGCCGCGCCCUCUACCGCAGCGGCACGCGGGUCCGCGGCGUUGCCGGGGUCCGUAACCAGGGGCAGCAGCAGCGUGACAUCACAGCAGAGAGCUUCCGCCGUAACCCCGUCCACCUGAACAGACUCCGCCCCUGGCUGCGGCGAGAGCUCACAGUGCUGUACGGCGCUCACGGCUCACUUGUUGACAUUGUCCAACGCAUCAUCAUGGCACGGCUAGCUCGCCACGGCCUGGAGGACACGCCCACCAUAGAGGACGAGCUGCGACCAUUCCUAUUGGCCCGCACCGACCACUUCCUGCACGAGCUGGUCAGUUUUGCCCGCUCGCCACUCAGCCUGGAAAACUACGACCUGCAGGCGGUGUACGAGCCGCCGGCCGCCGCCCUGGAGCUGGAUGGCACAAGCAGCUCCACUGACAGCAGCUCCGUCAUCGCCAUCUCAGAGGGCGAGGAAGAGGAGCAGCAGGCGGGAGGAAGAUCAGAGGAGAGGCUGCUGGCGAGGGCGGGCGGCGCUUACGAUGACCUCAUCCAAACCGGGAGCAGCCUGAGCCUGUCGGCGUGGGACGACGAGACGCCAGGACCCUCGUACUCCAGCGCUGAGCCUUCGUGUUCGCUCGCCCCGCUGUCGUUCAGCCCCGCCCCACAGCAGGCAGCCAAUGAGGAGGGGGGAGAGAGGCAGGAGGAUGAGGAGGGGGAGGAGGAGUGUCUGAUCGUCGGGUACAAGAAGCCGAUAGCGGAGCGGACUCCUGAGCUGGUGCAGCUCUCCUCCGACACCGAGGAGGAGGAGAAGAAGGAGGAAGAGGAGGAGAACACGGCGAAGCUUCCCCCCAUCCCGACCACCACUCCUCCUCUCUCUUACUUACCCAUAAUUCCUCCCUCCACGUCAGCUGCGUACAGAGACGAACAGGACGACGGGCCGAAGGAGAAAGACGGCGAGGCGGGCGGACGCCGCUCGCGUGUGCGUUCCUGGUCAGGCAGCUCGGGGAAAAGCAGGAAGUCCGUGUGCACCCUCAGUCCGUCAACGCCGGGAGACGGCGAGCAGCAGCAACGGGAGAGCGAGUGCUGGAGAGACAGGAAGCAGUCUGCCAGCGAGGCGGGGAGAGAGAAGAGGAGGAGGAAGAGGAGCAGGAGAGGACGGGAGAGGAGCGGCGACAGGCUGAGGAAGAGCGGCACACUGUACAACCCCAACCGCUCGAUUUACCCCGCCAUGAUGCGUCACCGCUCCCACUCCCCCUCGCCGUUUCACUCCAGCGUCGAGUCAGCCGGCUCGCCGAUGCCACCGAGCCCGGCUGACUCCAGCUGGGAGUACCGCUGCUCCCAGGUCUCCCCUCUCACCUCCUCCGUCUCCUCACCCUCCUCAUCCUCGCCGCUCUGCUCCUCCCCACAGCCAACGCCGCCGAUGCCCUCGCUUUCGCCUCGGGAGCGCAGCAACACUCACCACGGAGAGAAACCCGGUGGGAAGAGGAAGUACAAGAGCCGCCACCUGGACAGCAACGACAAGGACCCCACCUGGAGGCCGAGCAGCAGCCAUCGGCGGGAGAGGAGGAGGGAACGCCGUGAGAAGGAGAAGAGGAGGAUGGGGAGGGACGAUGGGAGGAGACGGGAGAGGGAGAGGAGAGACACUCGCCAGGAUAGCGGCGGAGACAGCAGCAGGAGGUCCAGAGAGGACCGCAGUCCCAGCGUGGAGAUCAUCUACGAGGGCACCAUCGCCUCCAAUGCGACGCAGCCUCCUGCCCGCAAGCGCCGCAGGAAACGACGCCGCAAUACGCAACACAGCAGCUCGCCGGUCAUCAUCACUCUUGACAGCGACAGCAGCCACAACGACAAAAACAACAACAGCAGCGGCAGCAGCACGCCGCUCAGCAGCCAGCAGACCGUCGACUUCUCGGAUCUCCCUCCUCUCGCGUUGGUGCAUUCUGCCGGCGUGGGCAGGGCCUUGAACGCAGAAAUCUGCGAGCUUCCCGUCGACAUCCUGGACAGAGGAUCUGACGGGUCGGAGACAGAGUCCGCGGGUCGAUCCGAGUCCGCGGGUGCCAUCGCCAUCGACAACAGUGACAACAGCGAUCACGAUGUGGACGUGGAGAACCUCGAGGAGGGCGGGUCGCUGCUGAGCUUGGUUGAUGAUAAAGGACCAAUGAGAGAAGCAGCGGUCGGUGAUUCUCAGCCAACAGGAGCGAGCGAUGCUGCUCCCAAAACCAAAAGAGACUCUGAGGUCCUGACCUCGGGCAGCCGCUUGUUAGCAACCAUCCUGAGUGACCUGAAGGAAAUCGGCGCAAAGAAACGAGGUCUGUCUUUGAACUUUGGGUCCAACUGCUCAUCCAGCACAGGAAGCAAACACUUUAGGGGUCAGUGCGACGUCAGUCGGGGUCAUUCCAACCAAAGUGACAACGACUGGUCAGCUGAGACGACACAUUCUGAUAUGCCUGAGCGGCGUCCGUUGAAUGAAAGCAGGGACCAAAACCAGGGCUUUGUUGUGCCGACUUUUCAUACCUCCGCCGUCCCGCUACCUCCUCUUGAGUGGCGGAAGGAUUACAGAGUCAGAGAGGAGGUCAAGGACGUCCCUCCGCUCCUGAAACAGGCUAGUCCGGUCAGGUCGUACACUAGAAACACGCCGCCGCCAUUAAAACACAAAGAUGCCGGGAGUCCACACCUGUUACCCGUCUCUCCCAUAGAUCUGCGCUCCCCUCACACUUUUGACACUGAUGUAAAUUCUCAUGUUGACCUUAAUUCAAACUCCAACGCCUGCCCCAUUGACUCCCAUUUGGGUGCCAACGAUAGCCAGGCCACGGAUGCUUCAGCUGGGAUAGAAGAGCCGGCCUCUACAAGCUGCAAAUCAGCCACUGACAUGCAUUCAUCCAUGAGUCACAGGCCUCCCGUUGCUUCCCGUUCCUCUUGUUCGGGGUCUGAAUAUAGUUCACGUGCUCAUCGGGACUUCAAUUCCUUUCAUUCUUCAGAGCUACAUUCCAGCUGUGAUGGCUCAAAGGAAGCAUCGCCUCGCCAGAGCUCUUCGCUCAUUGACCUGCAUCAUGUGAAUUCUUUAUCUAGCCUUGAUGUCCACUCAGCCAAAAACAAGCCAGCUCACACGGACUCUACCUCCAGAGGUUGCAGGACUCUAAGCCCAGAUUCCUGUCGGGUAUCACCCAUUGACCUCCAUCCUUCCAGCGGUGUUUCUGCUGAAGACACGCCGGCAGGUAGUGAUGUUUUCUCAGGAGACAACUGUAACGACGCGUCACCUCCUGUUUUUGUUGCAUUCAAUGAUUCUAGGACUCAGAACCCCUCCUCAUCCAUUGACCCCCACUCUUCUGGUAAGACGGAGUCAGGAAGGUUUUCCCCCUCUAGAGUUUGCUCAGAGCCAACAACAGCUCCUUGCAGCAGGUUGUUACCCGCUGACAUCCAUCCCAGAAGUGUCAAAUCUCCCGCUGACCUCGACUCUUCCAGUGCAACUUCAGAAGGCAGCAAACCGUUGCCAUUCCUCAAUCAUGAGGACAGAUCGCCUCCUAUUGAUUUGCAUCGUCCAAGUCUCGUGCCACCUGCUAACAAACCUUCUACCUUCACCACUGACGGACACUUGAACCACACAGCCUUCUCAUCCUCCACCUUCCACACGUCACAUCCAAAGUGCAGUUCUUGGUCCGGAUCUGCUGAUGAAUCCCACUCAGAACUUCUCCACCCCACUGACUCAAACCCUCCCAGCUCCAACACACAGUUCCCCAUUGAGACCUGUUCAAAACACAGUUCCCCCAUGGACUCUCGGUGUGACUCACCCACCGACUCCUUGAGAGACUUUAAGCUCCCCACGGACAAUCACAUCACAUCUUCCCCACAGUCUGCUGCUGCUGGGAACCAGUGGGACUCCAGCUCCUCCCCUGACGCCCAUCCAGAGUCUCAUUCGGCCAGUAUCACGUGGAGUACACAAACACACUCGUCCACGUAUGACGCUUAAAAUGAAGAGACUGAAAUGUUUGGAGGAGUCGACGGAUCAAAUUUGAAGAACAAACUGCUGAUCUUUGUUUUUGUUUUUUUACCUCUGUUCAGAGUUUUGAUUUGAAAUGUUUGAGUUCACGCUGUGUUUUUGGAUGAAUGGAUCGAAGUUUACAUCUUAAAGUUUGUUUCUCUGAGGCUGGCACCACAAACCGUUUUACUGACGUCUUAUUUCUGUUUAUUUAUAUUUUUAAUUGGCACAUAAUGAGCCUGUUUGACACGAGAACAAUAAAGAAAUAAAAAAAAGAUUUGUGGUCCCAGUUCCAGAUCACGGACACAUUGAUUCCUGCACAUUAACCCUCCUCGUCCAGCAGGCGUAGAAUAAACAUGUAGCCGUAGAGUUCAGUAAAAUGAAAUAAAAGUCAUUAAAGUAUAAUUUGAUAUUUGUCCGCGAUGGAGGAAUUCAGGAAUGUGUGAAUGUGUUGGAGAAGAAGAAAGAUUUGGUCUUCAUGGCGAGCGUUCUUUUCUUCUUCUGAGACUUUUAUUAAUCAUUGGAAGGUUUUUCUCUCUAGAUCACUGAACUCAGUCGAGCUGUGUGUGAAAAUGUUUUCUAUGUUGGCAAAUUAAAGUUUUUUUUUUUUAAAGAUGAAUCUGAUUAUGAACAGCGUAUUAACGUAGAAAGUGUGAAGCUUGUGAAAGAGUUCAUGAACUGAAGGCCGGCGUUUAAGAAGUGAUGAAGCAGACACUGAUUUUUAAAAUAAAAUAAAGAGUUCUUUAAGUCAAAAA